CAGUUUUCCAUCCUCUUUACAAAUAGUUUUUUCCCCAUAAAUUGUUUUGCAGAGGUAGAUGAAAGUUCCUAAAAAUGUCUUCCAUCAAAGCCACAGAGGUAGAAAGUUCUGGCCUCUACUAUGAAAUGAGCCCCAGGAAAAUCCUUGUUGUUAGAAUCUUCAAUGUCAUUACCUUACUGAUGGUUGUGAUUGCAGUGAUAGCCUGUUUUGUGCAAGGGCAUAAGAAUGGCUCUUAUUAUCUUCUUGUAUGCAACUUAAUCAUCAGUGCCUUGGUGAGUUUUGUUGUGAACUGGUGGUACAGGAAAGGAGAUUUGGAAAGUGAGAAGUAUUGGUUUGUCAUCCUAGUGGGUGCGGUCAUCAUAUUCCAGUGUAUAAGUACGGAUGUGUUUGUCUUCAAGACUGAUCCAUCACCCACACCAACAACAUUAGCUCCAACAACAACCCACUCAUCCACUACAACCAACAAGUCCGGUUCUUACUUUUAGACACUUGCAUAUUCUACUGAUAGCUUUAAAGAUGAAGGGCUGAUUCUCACAAUGGCUGGCAUUUGUUGUUUUAAAAAACAUUUUUAUUUCUGAGUAGCCAGAGAUAUUGAUGCCGGGAUUCUUAUUUUUUUUAAUCUAGUAAAUUCCUAGCUUGAUAUUCCAAGAAAAUAAUUGUUUGUUUAGAAAAUAUGGUCUGAUUAUAACAACAGUGUCUUGUUUUUAUAAUUAUUGAAAAUUGCACUCCCAGCACUUUGAAAGCUAUCUCUCCUUAUAUGUAGGUGUAUGUUGGCUUACUUGUUUGUGUUUUAUCCACACUAGUUCUUAUAUAUAAUUACACUUAUGUUUAAAAGAUUAAUUUUGUAUAAUUGAAUUGAGUUUGUUUUCAUUGUUGAUAUUGUUAACAUUAUUUUGAGUAGAGCCCAACUUUUUAAUGAUUGUGAGCUUCUAGAUUUUCAUGGUAACAACCAUUGUUUGUGUUGUAGAUUUCUUUGACCAACUUUUUAAUGAUUGUGGGCUUUUAGAUUUUCAUGGUAACAUCCAUUAGCUUUAAUGUAAUUUUUGUUUACUGAAAUGAAUUGUUAAAAGAGUGGCUGUAUCAGUGUGUAGAAUUUAGUAAACUACCAUUUCUGUAGACUACAGUGGUGUGUAUGCUUUUAGUUCACUGUGGACAAGUAGAUAAAGGUGUGAUAGACACAGAUGUGUGAAAACGCAAAUCAAAAUAUUUUAAUACACUGAUAACUGUUUUUGUGUUAACAACAGUGGUAAUUAUGAUGUUUUUUAUUUUAUUUUUUAAAAUAGGUUUAUAAAUGUCAGCUUGAUGUCAUUUUAUAGAGUUUGCAUUUAUAAAAUGCUUUAGGAAUAUUUUUAUUUCACUCAUUUGAAUGACUUUAUAAGAAAUUGAAAUACAGCUAGCCAAAGUUUCAUUUAUAUUCUUUAUUAUCUUUGACUCAUGUAGAGUGUUUUUUCUAAACAAAUCAGUUUUCUUUUCAGUUUGUUGCCUAGUUUCUUAAAACUAUCAGUGUGUGAAUAUCAUAUUGAAAUCUUGGUGGAAAUUGUUUCAGUAAGCUGUUUGUCUUUUGAUCUGGUCAUUCCUUUACAUUUUUAAGAUAUUUAAUUGGCUGUUCUAUCAUUUGAUGAACUCAUUCCUCCACAUUUUUAAGUAAAAAAGGCUGUUCUGUUGAUAGAUCUGUUCAUUCUUUUACAUUUUAAUUGGCUGUUCUGUCAUUUGAUGAACUUAUUCCUCUACAUUUUAAGUUGUUUAAAUAGGCUGUUGAUAGAUCUGCUCAUUCCUAUCCAUUUUUUUGAUCUGAUUAUUGUUUAAUUUAAACAUAUUUCUUCGGUGAUAUUUUCUUAAUCACUAAAUUUACCAUUUAUUUAAAUAGUAUUAAAAAGUUAUAAUAAACUGUUGCAGUUAUUAUGUUUAAGAGAAAUUUUUAGCUUAUUCCAUGCAUUCUCUAUGAACAAAAUUCAUACUUGUAAAUGUAUGUAUACAUAUAUAUACAAAUAUAUAGGCUAUAUAUAUAUAUUUUUAUAUAUAUAUAUAUAUAUAUAUAUAUAUAUAUAUAUAUAUAUAUAUAUAUAUAUAUGAAUAUACUUCAAAAAAUAUCAUUUAACAUAUAUAUACCCUUUUCUUAUUUUGUUUCUUUUACUAUUAUUAAUCAACUAAUUACAUUGCCGGUUCUAUUGAGGUCAAUGUAAAACUCAAUGUAAAUUGAGCAAAUAUACUUACAACUAUACUUAUACAUCA